AUGAACAAUAACCAAUCAUUCAAAUCCGAGGAUUUAAAUAACUCCCAAGAUAACCAAGAUUCUAUAUUCUACUAAGUUUUUGAGAACACAUUCCCAACUUCUUAAAUGAAGAGGUUUGAUCCUCCAAGAGGAGUCGCUUAUGACUCUUAUGAGUUGAAGAAACUUGAAGAACUAAGAUAGUACAUCGCGAUUCACGAUGUUAGCGAAAUCCCAGAAUCAUUUGAGGAUGGAGAUUGCCUCAAGUAUCUUCAAGCCAAUGACUACAGAGUUAAAGAGACAGUAGCUUCCAUAAGGGAUCACCUCAAAUGGAGAGUUCAAUCCUUACCCUGCUCAAUAACUUCUGAGGCUAUUGCACUUAUUAAAACAGGAUUUUUGUACGUCCAUGGCAGAGACAGGUUUUACAGACCUUGCAUCGUCUUUCAACCACUAGUAAUUGAACAACUAAAAACAAAGCAAGUUAUUAAAACUGAAGCUAUUAUUACAGCCACUGUAUUCAUCCUAGAAUACAUCAAAGCAAAUAUGUUAGUUCCAGGCAAGGUAGAGAACUGGGUAGUAGUGAGCAACAUCAACAAACUCUCACUGAACAAACUACCGUUGAAAGAGUUAUAACAAGUAAACUGGGUAAUCUAAAACAAUUACCGAGGUACUUUAGCAAGAUCUUGGAGUGUAAAUUGUACCUCCAUGCAACUGAUUUGCUGGAAAGUGGUUGAGGUUUUCAUGGAGCAAUAGACCAGAAAAGUUAUCUCACUCCACAAGGAGUCAUCUCCUUAGUCUCUUAGAGAGAAUUUUCACGAGUCAUAACUUGAGAAAAGGUUUGGUGGCUCAGCAGAGUAGCCUAACUAGUUUUGGCCUCCAAUCAUGCCGGAUGGACCUUAUAAUGAUGAUGAAUAGCUAUCAUCAGUAUAUUUCUCUCUAAACAACACUGAAUAUAAUAACCUACACGGUUAAUUCGAGUAAGAAGGAAGUAAUUUCAAGAAUGUAGACUUUUUCUUUGAGUCAUUCAUUUCUGAUCAGAUCGAUGGUAACUAGUUAGACGAGUUUUAUCUUAAUCCUAGAGCUUAAGAACCUUAUCAGAUCCAUAGCAAUAUUAGAGAAAUAAAACUAUUUUAAGAAGUCUAAGAACAGCUCAAAGAGUCUGAGCGAUUUUAUUCAGCUCACAAGUAAGACUCAUCAUCUAGAAGUUCUCAUAAGAAGAGCUUUAGCUUAGAUUUCUAACUAAAGUUCCCCAAUCUUGAUGAUCAAAAUGCCGAUCUAGACUUAGAAGGUAUGAAACUAAAUAAUAAAUUUAGAUCUAUGAACGUUAAUGUAAGUUAAGACAACUAAGUAUUUGAUUAAAAUACGGAUAUGCAAAACUUUAGUAACCUAAAUCCAUAAUAACUAAGGAAGUACAAACCUAUCACCAAGGGAAGCAGUAUAUAAACAAACAUAGAUGACAAAACAACCACAGAUAGUCGUCGAGGUAGUCAUCUAUCUGAGAACUAUGACUAUAAAUUAGAGAAGAACAAAGUGUGUUGCAACAACUUCUGA